CCCGCGCACACACACCCCGCCGUUGAUGGGUCUCCGUUAACCUCCGCCGAGAGGCGCGGUGCCUUCCCCGCUGUUCGGUGCACCAGCCGGCGGAGUGCGCGGGCGUGUUGGGGUUUCUUUGGUUAACGUGGUGCUUGCCCCGCGCACGUGACCCCCGCGGUCUAUAUUUUGCUUCUUGUCCGUCGAGGACGCCGGUGCGGAGAUGGUGGUGGAGAAAGCGGGCUCAAGCCCCCCGAAGCCCGCAGGUGAGAGGUGCCCCCAGCAGCAGGAGCCGCUGGGGCACGUGAAGAAGAGGCAGCAGCAGGUCUGCGACGGAUUCACUAUUAAAGCCAUGAUGAAAAACACUGUGGUAAGAGGGCCCCCACUUGCAGGAGCAUUUAAAGAAAGACCAACAAAGCCCACAGCAUUUCGCAAGUUUUAUGAGCGAGGAGACUUCCCAAUUGCCGUUGAGCAUGAUACUAAAGGAAACAAAAUCGCCUGGAAGGUAGAGAUUGAAAAGCUGGACUAUCAUUACUAUCUGCCUUUGUUUUUUGAUGGACUUUGUGAAAUGACAUUCCCGUAUGAGUUUUUUGCUCGUCAAGGAAUCCAUGACAUGCUGGAACAUGGUGGAAACAAGAUUCUUCCUGUCAUUCCUCAGCUCAUUAUCCCAAUAAAAAAUGCACUGAGCCUUCGUAACCGACAGGUCAUCUGCAUCACGCUGAAAGUCCUCCAGCACCUGGUGGUGUCAGCUGACAUGGUGGGGGAGGCCUUGGUGCCCUAUUAUCGGCAAAUCCUCCCAGUCCUAAACAUCUUUAAGAAUAUGAAUGUUAAUUCAGGCGAUGGGAUUGACUACAGCCAGCAGAAGCGUGAAAAUAUUGGAGAUCUGAUUCAAGAGACACUGGAAGCCUUUGAACGCUGCGGUGGAGAAACUGCUUAUAUAAACAUUAAAUACAUGGUCCCUACUUAUCAGUCGUGCAUAUUAAACUGAAUUGUAUCAAAUGGGAUGAUUCCAUUCGUGCUCUGAAAAAACUGUAUCUGACUGUGUAUGACAUCUUGUUAGUCAUGCUUUUUUUCUCUACAGCUGCUAAAAUAGUGCCUUCUGGGGCAUUAGAGUGUUAGCACUAUUGUGAACAAGGCUUUCCAAUACAUAAAUAGUGCCUGUUCCUUUGAUUACAA